CGCCGCCGCCGCGCCCCCGCGCCCGGGACCCCGCAGGGCUGGAGAGGGGGCGAAAGAGGCGCGGCGCCCGCGCCGGGCAUGGAGGCGCCUCUGGCCUGCGCCGGCCACCCGAGCUGCGCUCCGCGCCCCCGCCGCGCCUCGAAGUUUGCCGGCUGACUCGGAAAGUUGCGCUCGGGCUCCGCCGCCGCGCCGCGUCCAACCUCCGGGCCGGCCCCAGCUCGCCGCCGCCGCCCUCCGCGGGCCCUGGCCCCGCCGACACGCGCAGCCCCGCCUGCCGGGGGCAUGUGAGCCGCGGCCUCCCCAAGAGGCCGGGCGGGCUGCACCGGCCCCGGUGCCUCCCGAGGCAGCGCGCGGGCGAGGGGCACGCCCCGGCCCCAGGCAGCCCGGGCCGCCAUGGGCCUCCAGGGCAUGGAGCUGUGCGCCAUGGCCGUGGUGGUGCUGCUGUUCAUCGCCGUCCUCAAGCAGUUCGGCAUCCUGGAGCCCAUGUCCAUGGAAGACAGCAGCGACAGUGAGCUAGAGCUGUCCACGGUGCGCCACCAACCAGAGGGGCUGGACCAGCUGCAGGCACAGACCAAGUUCACCAAGAAGGAGCUGCAGUCCCUCUACAGGGGCUUCAAGAACGAGUGUCCCACGGGCCUGGUGGAUGAAGACACCUUCAAACUCAUUUACUCGCAGUUCUUCCCUCAGGGAGAUGCCACCACCUAUGCGCACUUCCUCUUCAAUGCCUUCGAUGCCGACGGGAACGGGGCCAUCCGCUUCGAGGACUUUGUGGUUGGCCUCUCCAUCCUCCUGCGAGGGACAGUCCACGAGAAGCUCAAGUGGGCCUUUAACCUCUAUGACAUUAACAAAGAUGGCUACAUCACCAAAGAGGAGAUGCUGGCCAUCAUGAAGUCCAUCUACGACAUGAUGGGCCGCCACACCUACCCCAUCCUGCGGGAGGACGCGCCUCUGGAGCACGUAGAGCGGUUCUUCCAGAAAAUGGACCGGAAUCGAGACGGGGUGGUCACCAUUGACGAGUUCCUGGAGACCUGUCAGAAGGAUGAGAACAUCAUGAGCUCCAUGCAGCUGUUCGAGAAUGUCAUCUAGGACAUGUGGGGGGAUCCCUGAGUGGCCAUUGCCACCUCUGCCCCCAAAGAAACCUCAGUCCUGCCAGAAGCAGCCUCCAUGAGAAACUUUUUUCUAAUAUAUUUGCAAAAAGUGAACAGUUUGCUCCCGACACACACACACACACACACACACAGAGACACACACACUCGCUCUUUCUCUCUCCACUCCUCUGGGCUGGCAGAGGGGGACAGGGGUGAGGGAAGACUGAGUCUGGCUGGGAGCUGGAUCAAGGUGAUGAGAGCCGAACGCCCCUGGCCAGUCCCCUCCCAGGCCAGCAGGGCGAAGCUGCCUCUGGGAUGGGCAGCUGAAAGAACAGAGUCUGCUGGCCGCUGGCCCUGGGUGUCACCAGGAAAGCGCACAAGGUCCCCUGCAGAGGAGGGUGCGGUCUCCAGAGCAAAGGCCCCGCCUGCGUGAGCCCAUGCACCCCGCCCUCCUCCCACCCUUCUUGCCCACCACACAUGGGCCAGGUUCUGGGGGCUGCUCUGGCCUACCUGUCCCCCCAGCCACUCCCUGCCCACCGACUACACUCCCAGAAUGCCCCUCACUGCAGGACCCUGGAGGGGCAGCUGAAGGUCCAGGGAGUUCUGAUGAGGAAAAAGGUGGUGAUGGGGACAGAGCCUGCUGCUUCGGGGACAUGUUUCCCUGGGGUCCCAGGAUGCCUGCCGCUCCACUGAGCUGGGCGAGCUCAGGUGGUGAGGGGCCAGUGGGCUCCGUUCUCCCUGCACCCCAGGAAGGGGGGCCUUUCAAGUUCAGGGAUUGGGUGUCUUGGUGGAGAAUCUGAGGGGAAUUGUCUGCCAAUGCCACUGGAUGGGAGAAGCCUUCCUUUGCCCCAGUCCUGGCUCAGGGGGGCUGCCCAUACUCCUCAGGCUCUAGACUGUUCUCCCAAGGUCACUGUUGGUCUUGAGAAGAGGUCGCAUGGCCCAGGGACUGGCAGCCAGGGAGCCCCGGUGGGGGCGGCGGAGCGGGCCUGGAAGGGACCUGUCCCUCCCCUUCCCCUCUGCCGCGUCCCCCUUGGCCCAGCGGUUUGGCUGAGCACCGCCCCCUUCCUGGUUAGGGUCCUGGAGCAGUGUGGCCACCCCUCCGCCCAGGCUCACCUCAGCCCCCUACGAAAAGCACAAGCCCCCCAAGCAGCUCAGGCAGCAGCCCACGAGGGGAGCCAAGGACACUGCUUUUCCAAGACAAGGCCCCUUGAGGGGCUAAGGCCUGGGUCCCAGCAGCCCCAAUACAGGUGGCCCUGGGGGAGGAGCACGGGGGUCAGUUCUGUGCCUCGAAGCAGUGGGGACUCGAAGCCCAGCCCAGCCCAGCUCACCAACAUUCAAAAGCACAAACUCGGGGGACUCUGCUUGGCUGGGUCCUGCUCUGGGGAUG